AAAAUGAAGUGCAGCGCAAAGUGAAACAGGCAAUAACUGCAAUAAGUCUACUAAUAAAAAAAAAGUAAAGACUGACUCAAUAACAUCGUCUUUCAUAAUAGUUGGAAUGAAUCAAAGGAAAAAUUUAUAAAAAUGUUUGUCAUGAAACAAAAGUGAUAUCUAUGGCUUGUGAUGUCUCAUAAUAUGAGAAAUCUUCUGAUAUUUGCCAAAAAAUAGUCAUAGUAAGAUGUAAUCAAAAUUUUAGAAGGUCCACGUCCAGACAUGGGUUCCAGAUUACGAGAUACCGUUUGCUUCCUAUUUGAAUUAUUCUGUGAAGUAUCCCCCGGUGAUCAUGUAAGAGAUCCAUAUGUAGUACGAAAAUACCCAGAGAAUUAUAAAAAUGAAGAAGAAUUGAAGAAUGUGCCCAAAUUCACAUUUCCAUGUCAAUUGGAGAAUACAUUUGUUCAACAUUACUCCUUUGUAUUGACGUCUGUGGAUUCAAAAUAUACAUUUUGUUUUUGUCGUUAUGAUCCAAAAGCAAAUACAGCACUUGUGCUGUUAUCCCAUUUACCAUGGCAUGACAUAUUUUACAAGUUACUUAAUAGCAUAGCGAAUUUACUAAACAGUAAUGAGAGGGGUGAGUUGACAUCGUUCCUAGAGGCAUGUCGUAUAAGGCCACCUAUGCCGGGGCACACACUCAAAGUCACAUACAAUGCUGGUCAUAGUGUUUUUUCAUGCCAAAGUCCAGAUAACAGACUGCCCAGUAUACCGGACAAUUGCAAUCUCACCGAGUACUUCAGUGCAAUGGAUACAAAAUGCAUGGCGGGGCUUUGGGCGGCGCUGCUCCACGAGCGGAGGAUAGCGAUAGUCGCAUCGAAACCCUCGCGUCUCUCAGCGUGCGUGCAAGCCGCGAACGCGACGCUGUUCCCUAUGUCCUGGCAACAUAUAUUCAUACCGAUAUUACCGAAGCAUUUGGUGGAUUAUCUACUGGCUCCUAUGCCGUUUCUCAUCGGUGUUCCUAGAUGUGUGAUGGAGACAGUUCGGAUGUCCGAAGUGGGGGACGUGGUUGUACUAGAUGUAGACGCAAAUGAACUGAAAUCUCCAUUUCACGACCUAGACAGUCUUCCCCAAGAUAUGGUAGCGAGUUUAAAAAAGGCUUUAAGUGAUAAAAAUGCACUCGGUGACGCUGUGUCGAGGGCGUUCCUACGCGCGCUGGUAUGUUUGAUCGGCGGUUACAGAGAUGCCAUCAGGAUCGAGAAGGGUCAAUUAAUAACUUUCAAUCCAGAAGCGUUUGUGCGGACGAGAAAAAAUAUGCAGCCGUUUCUGCGGAAGAUACUCCAAUCGCAGAUAUUCCAGCAGUUCAUAGACGAAAGGCUCGAGUUACUGAACUCUGGGCGCGGUUUCAACGACGAAUUCGAAGUUGAAUGCAAUAACUACGCAGAGAAAGUUAGCACCGGAAGCGGUCAGAAGCUGAAACAGCAAUACCGGGACUGGGCAAAGACCGUCAAGAAGGAGGGUGGUGCCUUCUUCAAAACCGUCAAGGAUAAGGCGAACCCCGCGGUACAAUCGGCUGUGAAAACGGUCCGGCAGGGGGGUAAAAAUAUGAAGUCGGCCGUUCGCGGCUUAAAGAACAAAAUGCCUAAAACAGGUUCAAGGCCAUCCUCCAUUAAUACUACAGACGACAGCAGGUUUUCAUGCGGCUCAGCUACCCCAGUCUCAUCCGAUUCCUCCGAAUCCUCCCCCUCUCAUGACAUGCCACCGCGCGAGCCACCCCCAACUCUACCACUAGAUCUCCUCACAGAGAUGGAGUUGCUCUUUCCCAAUAAACGCCGUGAUAGCUUUCCUGGCAGCGCGCUCAACUCGGAAAUCAGCCUCCCCGACAAAGCCAAAACCCUGUCACCAUGCCCCCCACCCCGGUUACCGGAACGUCCCCACCCCCCACUCCGUUACCCAAUUAUAUCGACAAGGAAACUAGUAGAUUUGUCCGAUGCGCCCGCGCCUCCCCCGAGGUCGAUACCGGCGCCAUCUACAACACACUUUAUAAGUAACAUCACAAAGAACGACGCGAACGUCACUCAAGACUUCCACACUAGUACGAUUAGAUUCACCGAGGGCAACGACAAGGCUAAAUUAAAACUGACCCUAUCGUCCAAUCAGAAGAAGAGUCAAACUAGCCAGCCUUGUAACGGCUCCACGAUCAGACCGGUGCCCCCUAUUGUGCCCAGACCGGUCCCAGACAGGCCUAGACCCAGACACAACAAGGGCAGAACUCAAGAGUCAUCUGGCUCUGAUCUCAUACAACUGGACGAUACUCCAACGGAUCUAGAAGAUUUCGAUCCUCUUAAAUAUCGAGACAAGAACGAAAAGGAGAAAAUUAAAACAUCGACGGAUAGCGCUUUGUUGCACGAAUACGGGUUAGAUUUCAGCCAAUUCGGCUUAUCUGAUUUCACAGCUAGCUCAAGCGCACCGGAGACCUCUACCGUACCUAAAGGAUGGACUACUUUCAACUAGGGGUGUAUCCCGUGUGACCUUAUCGUUCUUAUCAUUUGUAACAUUAUAGCGAUACAUUUGUGCGUUUUUCAGUGCCCUAAAUAUACAUUACAACUAUAAAUUUUGAUAUAAACGACUUAAGUCAUCCACGAUUAAUAAACAAUUUUAGACUUUAUUUUGAACUCGAUUCUAUUGUAUUAGUUUGUUUAUUGUGGAUUCAAUGACAUAAUAUAACAUAGCCAAAUAAAUUUUUACCGCGUUAUCGUUUUCGAAAUUUGAAUUUAUAACAAGGUUUUCUAAUUAUAGCGUUCGUAUCGUAACAAAUACGCUGUCCGGUUUCAUUAUUUGUCCGAAAUGAGAAUCUAUUGUGAGAGAAUUUCGUCUGACUGCGCAUUUGGUAAUGUUUUAGUCAAAUACCCACGAAAGUGUUCACUGAAACGUUAAUAAACACAAUGCAAUAAAUACACUCGUGGAAAACUCUAAACUUGUAAAU